AUGGUAGUCUUCGGGAACCCUGCGACCCUGGAAUGGGUCGCUGACCUCUGUCAUGUAUUGAAGAUCGACCGCGAUCUUGCGCAGCAGCGCAAGGCGAUCAAAGACAAGCACGCGUGCAUAUUCGUCCCAUACCCCGCGGACGAGAAGGUCACGAAGCGAUUCGACUAUCCCUACGGGAACUCCUUCCACUUCAUGCUCGACCCCCGGGCCAAAUCCCUGUUCCCCGACUUCUACGGCUGGGUACUGCGAUCGGACUGGGAUGUCUUUUACACCCCGUCCCUUGGAAGUCUCUGCCCGGAGACGUUCAGGACGGGGGUGGGUGCAUACACAGAUUUCUCACCGAGCCACCCCGGUGACCCAAACACUGCGGACCACUUGAAGGAGCUUUCGAAGCUGUAUGGUCUGCGUCACCGCGGCGAGCAUAACGUGGGGAGCACGUGGUUUGGCCGGACGCCUGAGAUUCUGGCCCUCGCCAGGCUCACCUACAACGUGAUGCCGCUACUCCUGAAAUUUCACUUCGAACAGAAAGACCCAGCCCACGGCGAAGGACCCGCGCACGUCCUUGAUGGCGUCGGAUGGCAGCGCUGGUACGCAGGCGUGACCUUGUUGUAUGCUGGUGAGCUGGCCAGCAACCACCUCUUGGACGAAUUCGAAAAGUCCGACCAGAUGGAUGCGGCCAGUCACGGCAGUGUGCCAGUUUCCGACGUGUUUUCCAUCCACUGCUGGUGGGUGGAAGAGCCGUUCGCGAAGUUCCAAUUUUUCGCUCACCACUAUGACUUCAUGUCGCUCGACGGGCUGGACACGAGCAUCGCGAAGGACUACUGCAUGGACAUUGCGCUGCGAUCCUACCGAGGUAUAGAAGAAUGA